GGCCUUUAGUAAAAACGAAAGUAAAUUGUAUGACGUAUGCAAUUUGUGUGUGUUUGAGUUCACGGAACUUCCGAUUGUAUCAGUUCACGGGCUUAUAGACCCUGCUUUGAUUAUUUCGAUUAAAUUAGUAUGUGUCCUAUCUACCAAAACUUUUGAUUAGAUACUUUAACCUGUUUCAACACGAAAAAUUACUUCCACGAGUGAACAAACACCUUUCACCGAAACAAACAUGAAAUUGAAAGUAGAAGUAACAGCAUGCCGUUAAAAUAGAUUUUAUUAGCAUCUUCCAGGGCUGAAGAUAUUUCACGAGAAUGGACAAUAAGGAGGAGUUGGAAAUAAUAUCAGAAUGGCCAGUUACAGCACAGGACACGCUUGGAAAAAGGUCAACAAAUAUUUCUAAAGUGAAGAAAAGAAAAUUUGAAGAGACUGGAACUUUUUCGAAAAUAAGACGACUACAGAGAUCAGAGGAACCUCUGGUGAGUGUGGCGGUGGCGAAAUGGUGGCGAAAACAAGCACAGGACACUAAACAAUGCUACACCAACAUACUCCCCAGGAGUAACAACUCUGAUACCCUGUUAGCAGGAAUUAUGAGACUGGAUAUUACACAGGACUUCAUGCAAUCAGAAAUCAAACGACUAACAGUCUUAUUGAAGAAGAAUGGUCCUUGUUCUAAUCUCACUGCAGUUCUUGGAUCAUUUUAUGAGAAAUUGGGAAAUUUUGAAGCUGCUAAGCAACAUCUUGAGAAAGCAGUCUCUUUGGAUGACACAGUUGCAGAGUACAGAUGGCUACUUGGAAAAGUAAAAAGGCAGGUCAAAGUUCAAGAGGAGCAAAGGUCAGCCUUGGUUAGAUUGCCUACUCCAGAGUCUGCACUGUCAAUGCCAGUAUAUCAGAAAGUCGAUCGAGUUUCAGCAACUAAUUUGACAGCAGAAAGAUUCUAUGAAGAAUAUUCCUCUAAACACAAGCCAGUGAUCAUCACAGACAUAGAUGUGACAGCCAUUUCCUGGACACUACAGUACUUAAAGACCCAGGCUGGCGAGUGUACUGUGACCUUGAAACAUUCAGUAGAGAAUUCCUGUGAGUGGGCCAGACUCGAAAACAAAGAACAGACAACUGUGUCAGACUACAUUAACAGGAUAGAGAGACUAGAUGAGACCGGGGAUCCUGAGGGCUAUCUGUUUGACUGGAGUUUACCAAUCCACUGCCCAAAGCUUGUACAGGAGCUAAGGGUACCGAGAUAUUUUGCUGGUGACUUUUUACAGAGGACCACUGAGGGGAGUCUGUACAGGGACAGCUGGCCUAGCCUGUUUGUGGCCCCUGCAGGCCUCUGUAGUGAACUACAUGUAGAUGCCUUUGGUUCCAACUUCUGGAUGGCAAUGUUUCAGGGUUCCAAAAGUCUUUGUAGAUGGGUGUUUUUUCCACGGUCAGACCUCCCACACCUUUAUCCGCAGUACCCCAACAACAUGGACCCAGUGUUCGAGGCAGAUAUUGCAAACCCUGACCUAGAAAGGCAGCCAUUGCUACACCUGACAUGUCCCUCUGAAUGUGUGUUGUCGGAAGGAGAAAUUUUGUUUGUGCCAGCCGGAUGUCCUCAUCGUGUAGAAAAUCUAACAACAAGUGUGGCCAUAUCUGCUAACUUUGUGGACCUAUCUAACUGGACAACUGUUCUAGAAGAACUAGAAUUAAGCGCUCUUGUUGACCCGAGAUCAAAUGACUUGUUGAAGCAGUUUAAGUCCAACACAUUUGACAAAACAAUGCUGUAUUAUAAUGAAGAAGUCCCAUGGUCAAAAUUCAAAGGUGCAACAGAGUCCUAAUGCAGCAACUCACAUAUUACAAUUGCAGUGUACAAUCACAUGCAGUGAAGAAAUGCAUGCAGUGUACAAUCACAUGCAGUGAAGAAAUGCAUGCAGUGUACAAUCACAUGCAGUGAAGAAGUGCAUGCAGUGUACAAUCACAUGCAGUGAAGAAAUGCAUGCAGUGUACAAUCACAUGCAGUGAAGAAGUACAUGCAGUGAAGAAAUGCAUGCAAUGAAGAAGUACAUGCAGUGGAAGACUCUUGUAAAGACCUCCAUGCAGUUUUGCCUCUGGAUGUCCAUGAUUUUGUCUUUAUAAUUUCAUACCUGAUAGUAGGUAAUCUAUGACCAUAUGCCUUACUAUGUUUAGAGGACCAACAAUUAUGUAAAAGUGGCUUGUUGAAAAGAAUCAUUGUCCAGCAUACUGAAGAUGAUGUGUAUUCUCAAUACAACCCCAAAAAGACAACAAAAAUUAGUCAAUUCUGGCUUUUGGUGUUUCUUAGAAACUGGUUUUACUGAUUGUCAGACUAAUAUCAAUGGUAUCUUGCUUCAUUAAUUAAUUUUAAUAGCUUGUUCAAGAAGCUUGUUUUCCAGUUAUACUGGUUCAGAAAUGAUAUUAAAAAAUAAGAGAUUAUUUUAGUACUAUUAGAAUUGUAGGAGACAUAGCAAUUUGACAGAUUAUGAAGCCAAACAUUUUAAAAAUAAAAUUUUGCUACUCCUCUU